AUGGCCUUCGAUGUUAGGAAGUCAUGGCUGAAGAAAAAAGUUCUCGACCUACUGGGAGCUCACCCGUCCCAAUGGGACACCCUCCUUUGCCGAAAUGAGCAGGCUGCUGACAAGCAGGUGGUGACUUUUCUGAACAGCAGCUGCCAAGGGGAGUCGCUGCUUUUCUAUCUCAGACAGAACACCGAGAGCGGACAGCACGGCAAGAAUUGUUCCCCCGCCCAUGAUGACUGCCAUCCGAGUGAAGAACUCGCCGUCGCAGUCAACUUCUUGCCUCGCGGUGAUACCGUGCGGCUUGUUGCCUACGCAGUCAAGACGCAGACUGGCACGAUCGACGUGACUGGAAAGGCGAUCACCCAGGAAAUGAAUCGAUGCAUCGCGACUGGCACGGCCGACGAGCGUUUCAUCUAUGAUCUGCGCUCUUUGAUGGAGGAUCUGUAUCUGCCCCUGCUAAGCGAUCCCGCUCCCGGAGACUUUCAGGAGGACGAGCCUUUAUUGGCGAAAAACAGUUUCGAUUCCUCUUCACGCGCUGACAAGUGUUUUUCGGAGGCUGCCGACAAGCUGCCACUCGUCCAGGCUGGCAAACGGCGAAACUCUCACGGCUCCGUAGAUGAGGAAGACCUGAGCGACUGCAAAGAUCUAGCAACUGAUGACCGCAUUGCAUAUGAAGAAGAGAUCGAUGAAGGAGGCAUCGCACCAAAGGCACGGGGGCCUGUUCCGUGCCAGCCUGUGAUGACUCCGCAGUUGUCUGGGGAGAAGAGUUUGACGAACGCUCCGCGACGCUCCGUUGACACCACAUGCGCUAUUGACUUGUCGGACACCUGCCGACAUGAGCUUGCAGCUGCCGCCGAGGAACUCACAGCAAGAAUCAGACUGGCGAUUAAUGAGGUGUGCGAAGCGGUUCCGCUUCGUGUGCCUUCCGAAGACCUCGAGGGCAUGGCUGACUCUAGAGACGCCCAUCUCAUAACUGCUGUCGAGGCAACCAUCGAAGACUGGACUCAGACAAUCAGAAGUGUCGUCGAGGCGGAGACUCAGAGGCGACCGAUUGACAAAUAUCCGCAAGCAGAGUUAGACUUUUGGCGCGAAAGGAACUCGGCCGUUUCCACGCUUUACGAGCAGCUCACAGUCCUCAGGACACAGCGAGUUCUUAAAUGGUUGAGAAAUGCGAGUCCUGAUUCCAGAAGCUUGGAGGACUUCUACAGUCGCUUCGAAGAGCUCCAGAAACUGUAUGUGGAGGCAAAAGAUACAGUCCGGUUUUUGUCGACGCUGGAAAGACAUUUCAAAAGCCUAGCCACAGGCUCUCUCAAAAUCGUCGCCGAGACAAUUGCCCCCUUGUUGAGUGCCAUACGCAUGGUUUGGAUCACCUCACGUCACUAUAACACGGAUGAGAAGAUGCAGCCGCUCAUGAUUCGAAUUGCAGAGCAGAUUGCAGAUCGAGUUGCCGAUGCCGUCAAGCCUAACACUAUCUUGCUUGGUGACGUGUCGGCAGCGGGGCCACUAGUCAGAGAGGCGAAGAUCUGCUUGGACAAGUGGCAAGAACUGUAUAUGGACGUGCGGAAAAAAAUCGAGGAGUCCGAGUGUGAUAGGAGAUGGGAGUUUGAUCGCCGGAAACUGUUCAGUCGAACAGAAUAUAUGUCAAAGGUCUGCACAUAUCUGCGAGAGGUGGUAGAAGUGAUUAACCAGUUCCAGCGCUUUCUUGGCCCGGAACUGAAAACUGUUACGCGGUACCACAAAGGUAUCGAUCGCCUGAAUCAGGACGUCCAGGCCUUGGCUAGAAGUUUCGACGUCCUCGGGGACAACGGCUUCGACGAGAGCAGCGCAGCUGCCUGGGAGAAGCUGCUGGCAAAUUUCAGACAGCAGAUCACUGUCGUGGAGACGAAAUCUCUGCGUUUUCUUGACACCAGAUUCAAGAAUCUUCGCUCGGCUGUGGGGGCCUUCACGAUGCUGAAAAGUUUCAGCACGAUCGAAAGUCGCCCACUCAUAAAUGCAAAACUCCGCGAGAAGUUCGUCGAUAUUUUGCAGCAGUUUGGAAAUGAGGUGGACUCUGUGCGUGAGGAAUUUGAAGCCGGAAAAGAGAACCCUCCACUCGCGAAAGGAUAUCCGAGAGUAGCGGGUUCUAUUGCAUGGGCGCGGAUGUCCUUGCAACGGUUGAAAGAGUCUGUGCUUCAGUUCAAGUGCAUGCCUGCUUUCUUCCAAGGCAACGACGCCGAGGUGGUUUUCACAAACUACCUUAAUCUUGCUCGUCAGCUUGUUGCGUACCAAGAAGCCGUCUUCAAAAAGUGGCAGGUUCGGACGAGCAACACCGUGGCGAAUUGCUUGAAAAUGAACAUCUUGAGGAGAAGUGCAAGUGGCAAGUACGAGGUCAACUUCGCUCCUGAGAUGUGGGUUGUCAUGCAAGAGGCCCGCUUCCUCAACCAGAUGGGCGGGAAUGACAUUCCUCACACAAUUCUCAAUGUCGCUCUGCAAAAGGAAAAAUACAUUGAAAACUGCGGGUUGCUCGAUCAGAUGCUCCAUCACCUUGCGUCUGCUCGCGACGGCAUGCCUCCCGUCCAGGAAAGGCUGCUGAACAACCAUCUAGAAAAAUUGGAGAAGUGGCUCCAACCGGGUUUGAACUCGCUGAACUGGACCUCUCUAGGUUCGGAGGAGUUCAUCAGCAACUGCAAUAAAGCCAUAACAGCGUUUCGAACACUCCGGGACCAGGUGGAAAAGAAUGUCGAGAUCAUCGACGAGGUUGUGCAGGCGAUUGAGGAUGCGCAGCUGGUCAGGAAUCUCGAGUGGAACCCCGAACAGCCGUUCAAUAUUCAGGAAUUUUACGAGUAUUUCGAAAAACACCGCGUGGCGGUCGUCGACGAGCUCCAAACAAAGUACGAAUCGAUUACUUCCUACAUUAUCAAAAUUGAAGAAAUAAUCGAAGGAACGAUGACAGGGACAAGCGAGUCGAUGGCUGAGUACUACAACUACUGGGAAAGACGAAUCUUCAAUGCCAUUUCCACGAUGCUCAUUCGAGGCACGAGUUCCCUGCGUGCUCUCUUUUCUCUCAAUCACACCGGAAGUCGCUUGCCGCCCCUCAUCACCGUCAGCGCGGAUUUCAACCAAGCAGAGGUCGUCGUUCACGGUUCGACCCAGGCCAUUUUCAAAAUCAUUUCGCGGCUGAUGCAGAAUAUUCUCUACUCCGCCACUCGCUUUGUUCGCUGGAUGAACGGCACCUGCAAGUGUGUGCCUUCUCAACUGGGGCAAGAAGAAGAGUUGCAAGUUCCACCUUUCACGUUCUACUCAGAAAUUUCCAGAAUCCCUGCGCUAAUCGACACGACUGUCGCCACCCACCAAGCCAUCCAGAAGGUGUUUCAGAGUAUCUCGAAGUACGCCAGGAGCUGGAAGAAAUACGACACACAAUGGGAGCUGUGGGAUCUCAAGCGGAAAGCCGACUUGGAGAAGCUUGUAGACAAAAGACCGAGGAUUGUCUACUUCGAUGUGCAUAUCUCGGCCUACAAAAAGCUCGCAGCCGAGUUGAGCGCGCUCCCGACCACGAAGGUCGUCGGCUUUCUGCAGAUCGACGCCUCCGUUGUCGUGAGUGGAAUUCGCGCCCAAGCGCUCGAAUGGGUGAACGAAUACGGCCGCAUUCUGAAUGAAAUUGCGACCCGAGAGCUCCAACAACUGACCCAGCUGAUCGAUUCAAGUCUAGCGAAGCUCGAACAAAGCCCCGACUCGACGGAGGCCUUCAAGUUUCUCUUGAGCGAGAUUGGCGUGAUCAAAAGUAUCUCGAUGGACACGGAAAUCCGCAUUGCCGACGUCCAGGCCAUGUGCCGGACGCUCCAGAUGCACGACUGCUGCAUCGAAGCCAAGCACAUACAGCAACAGGCUGAGCUCGCCAGUGCCUGGCACAAAGUCAAGACCCUCGCGCUGGCGAAGGAGAAGCAGCUUGAGCGAAAAAAAGAGGUUUUCGCCCAGGAAAAAAAGGCAGAAGUCUCCACAUUUGCCUCAGAGUGCAAGGCGUUCCUGUCUCGCUUCAAGCAAGCAGGCCCGGGGGCUGCGUCCGUGGAGCUCGAGGACGGCGUCGCGCUUCUUACCUCGUACUCCGAGGAACUGUCACAGUUUCAGGCACAACGGGACGCGCUCUCCAAAGCCGAAGUUCUGUUUUCGCUCCCUGUCACGACCUUUCCCGACUUAGACCAAGUGCGCAGUUCUAUGCAGCUUCUCGAAGUCGUCUAUCGCCUCUACGUCGAACACAAAAAGGCAGUCGCAGAGUGGUCCAAUGUUCCCUGGGCGACGUUCGACGUGCAGGAGCUGCAUCGCGGCACCGAUGAAUUCGCCAAAAGACUGCGAAGACUCCCCAAGGAUUACCCCGCUCUCGCAGAACUGCCUACCUAUCAGAAACUGACUCAGGCGAUUUUGAGUUUCAGAAACUCCAUUCCGUUGAUUGAGAGACUGAAGACCGACGCUAUGAAGCCACAACACUGGCGACAUUUGAUGGAACUUGCGGGGUGCGAAUUCGAGGUCGACAGCAAGAAGUUUAAGUUGCAGAAUGUGUUCGAUUUGGAUCUCUCCAGAUUUCCAGACCAGGUUCAAAACGUUCUGCAGACUGCCCAGGAAGAAAUGAAGCUGGAGAAAGACAUCGCCAAGAUCGAAAGCCACUGGCGCGCACAGACGCUCGACAUGUGCCGGUACAAGACCGAAGAACAGAGUUUCGUGCUCAGAGCAAACGAAGAGUUGCACGUCACGCUCGAAGAUCACAUUCUUCAACUCCAGUCGAUGGUGGGCUCUCGGUUCGCUUCCGUUGUGAUUGAGAAAAUCAGAAAGUGGGAGAAAACGCUCAACAACAUCCGCGAGGUCUUCGAGGCGUGGCUGCAGGUCCAGCGAAAGUGGAUUUAUUUGGACGGCAUCUUCACAGAGUCGGUGGAUAUUCGUCUUCAACUGCCAGACGAGGCGAAAAAAUUCGACGUUGUUCGUCGCCAGUUUCUCUCCAUUCUGUCGCAGACGGCCCAAAAUCCAAGCGUCUUAUCCGCCUGUUGUGCAGAGAACCGACUCCAGGAUUUGAAGGCUCUCUCAGCGGAGUUAGAUCGGAGCCAGAGGUCUCUCUCCGACUACCUCGAUGCGAAACGCAUGACGUUUGCCAGAUUCUGCUUUAUUUCCGACGACGAACUUCUCUCGGUGCUGGGAUCGAGCAGCCCCGCGGGAGUCCAGCCGCUGAUGCUGAAGCUGUUUGACAACUGCAAACAACUCAUUCUCGAGGCCGACACUCAGGUCUUGGGAAUGGUAUCCGAAGAAGGCGAAGUCCUGCAAUUCCACGAGCCGGUCGCGGCCGAAGGACCCGCCGAGGACUGGGUGAAAAAUGUCGACGAGGCCAUGAAGCGGAGCCUUCAUCGCACCACGAAGGCGGGCGUGUACCACUACGCCUACAAGCCGAGAACGCAGUGGGCGCUCGAGCAGCUGGGGAUGGUCACCUGCGUUGGCUCGCAGAUCUGGUGGACGUGGCGAGUUGAAGACGCUUUUCGGCGAGUUGGUCGCGGCAGCAAGCAUGCGCUGAAAGAAGAAGCUGCAAAGCAAACGCAGCAGCUGAAAGACUUGAUCGAGUUGGUCAGGCAGCCCCUGGACCCGCGAGCACGCAGAAAAGUCAACACAUUAAUAAUUCUCGACGUCCACGCCCGAGACUUGGUCGACAGGUUCGUGCGAGACGCGAUUUUCAACCCGCGAGAGUUCGAGUGGGAAAGCCAGCUGCGUUUCUACUGGGAAAAGGAAGCCGACGACAUCGCAGUCCGGCAGUGUGCUGGCGAAUUUGGAUACUCGUAUGAAUACGAGGGCCUGAAUGGGCGCCUGGUCAUCACUCCUCUGACGGAUCGCUGUGUCAUGACACUCACCACGGCGCUGAGUUUUCAUCUCGGCGGCGCACCCGCAGGACCGGCAGGAACUGGAAAAACAGAAACUGUCAAAGACCUGGCGAAAUCUCUCGCCAUUCGCUGCGUCGUCCAGAACUGCGGAGACGGCCUGGACUAUAAGGCGAUGGGCACCAUUUUCUCCGGACUGGUCCAAACAGGUUUCUGGGGAUGCUUUGACGAGUUCAACAGAAUCAACCCAGAAGUCCUUUCAGUUGUGACGGAGCAAAUUCGGACGAUCCAAAUGGGCCUGCACCAGGCGCGAACUUCGAUCGAGUUGCUCGGAAAGAGUCUCGCGCUCGUCCCCACAAUUGGCAUCUUUGUCACGAUGAAUCCUGGCUACGCCGGGAGGUCGGAACUUCCCGAUAACUUGAAGGCGCUGUUCAGACCCGUCACGAUGAUUGUCCCUGACCUCGUUAUGAUCUGCGAGAACAUGCUCAUUUCCGAGGGAUUUGUCCAGGCUCGAGCUCUUGCCCGAAAAAUGACAGUUCUGUACACCCUGGCGAAGGCGCAACUGUCGAAGCAACACUUUUACGACUUCGCCCUUCGCGCCUUGAAGGCGGCUCUCGUCACGGCCGGCGCGUUUCGGAGCGCGAGUCCCGAGUUGCCAGAAGAAGUGAUCCUCAUGCGAGCUCUGCGCGACAUGAACAUUCCGAAGCUCGUCAAACAAGACGUCCCGCUCUUCCUCGGCCUCCUCGGAGACCUCUUCCCCGGCCUCGAGUGUCCGCAGGGCGGAAACAGCCAGCUGAAGCAGGCAGUCGAGGAGGAACUCACUUCCAAGGGAUUUCGCUCCAAAUACGCGGACUUGUUCGAUCUGCAAGUGAACAAGGUGAUUCAACUGUAUGAAACGAUGGAGAGCCGACAUGCGACGAUGCUCGUGGGUCCGACAGGCGGCGGCAAAACGGUGAUUAUCCACACGCUCGCCGCUGCGCAGAAGGCGGCUUUCGAUAGAGUUGUCAAAUUGUUUGUUAUGAAUCCCAAGGCGCAAAGCACCAAUGAACUCUACGGAGUCCUCGACCCUGUGUCUCGAGAUUGGACCGACGGAUUGCUGUCGAAGAUUUUCCGCGACGUCAACCAGCCGCUGCAUGCAGGGAAGAGCGAACGGCGCUACGUGGUGUUUGAUGGGGACGUGGACGCCGUGUGGGUGGAGAAUAUGAACUCUGUGAUGGACGACAAUCGCCUUUUGACUCUGUCCAAUGGCGAGCGAAUUCGUUUGGAAAAACACUGCGCACUGCUUUUCGAAGUCGACGAUCUCCAGUAUGCGUCGCCGGCAACCAUUUCCCGCUGCGGCAUGGUCUACGUCGAUCCCAGAAACUUGGGUGUCGGACCUUUCUUUGACAAGUGGGUCCGCGUCAAGAACUCGGAAGCGACCGCCGAGACGCUCGACUACCUGUUCGACAAAUACAUACCUGCAUGCAUCGACUUUUGCUUCAAGCAAAAGCGAACUGACGACCUCGGAGCCGCUCCCAGCCUCGCCAUCCCACGAACAGACCUCAAUCUUGUCCAGCAACUGUGUCACGUGAUUGACAUCGUUCUCCCAGAAGAUGCGAUCCACAGCCUGGCUCCAGAUCGCCUAGAAAGCGUGUUUCUCUUCGCUCUCACUUGGUCCUUCGGGGUCGCUCUCGCUGGAGAAGAGUGGGCCAGAUUUGAUUCGUUCCUCAGAAAAAUCGCGAACAAGGCGCUUCCCAGAGAGAGCCUCUUCGACUGCACGUACGAUGUAGCCAGCGGAAAGUGGCUUGCAUGGGAAUCUCAGGUCAAGCCUUACAGCCCGCCUACCGAUGUGGAGUUUACGACGAUCUUCGUGCCUACGAUGGACACAGAGAGAUACGCGACGCUGCUGGACGGCUUCGGCCGCCAGUCGCUCCCUGUCCUUUUCGUCGGCGACUCUGGAACUGCCAAGUCGGUCCAGAUCCAGAACUGGUUGGCCUCACUGGACACGCAAAAAUAUCUGCAUGUGCAAAUCAACCUCUCCAGCCGCACGACCUCUCUCGACCUCCAGCGCACCAUCGAGGAGAGCGUCGACAAGCGCACAGGACGGAUCUUCGGACCACCUUCUGGGAAACUGCUCAAACUUUUCAUCGACGAUUUGAGCAUGCCCAAGGUGGACAUGUACGGUACUCAACAACCGCUCGCGCUCCUGAAGUUUGUGAUGGAACGCAUGAGCAUGUACGAACGAGGCGGCGACUUGGAGGAAAUUGUGUUGAAAGAUAUCUCUUUCUUGGCGGCGACGAAUCCACCUGGAGCAGGCGCAAACCGCGUCGAUCCUCGAGUUAUCUCUCGUUUCUCCUGCUUCUACAUCACGUUCCCUUCUCGGGCGUCCGUCCACCGCAUCUAUUCUUCCAUCGUAGCUCACAAAUUCUCUGACUUUCCAGAGACCGUGCAGAAAGUGGCGGAGGCUCUGCCGGCGGCCAGCCUUCGGGUGUACGAAGGCGUGGUGUCUCACUUUCCUCGGACGCCUACGAAGUUUCACUACAUUUUCAACCUGAGAGAUCUUUCGCGCGUUUACCAGGGUCUUUGGCAAGCGAAGCCUGAGGCGGUUGGAGAUGGCAAAUCCCUCGUCCGCCUCUGGAGACACGAAUGUCUCCGUGUGUUUCAGGACCGGCUGUUGGAGGCGGAGGAGCGCACAAUCGUCGACGAGGAGCUUGUGGGGAGGAUCCUGAGAGACUGUUUUCCAGACGAGGCGGAGAAUGCGGCGAGAAAUCCGAUCUUCUGGGGCGACUUCCGAACAGCCGUUGACACGCGUCAUCUUUCAGGCGACAACUCCGCCACAGAGGAGAGAACGUACGAAGACCUCAGCGAUGUAGCAGCUCUACGGAAAACGCUGGAAGAGCUCGUAGAAAGCUACAACGAGGAGAACAGCUGUCGCCUUCAAAACGUCAUGUUUGAAGACGCAAUAUCCCAUAUCGUCCGCAUCCACAGAGUUCUUCGAAUGGGCCGGGGUCACGCGCUCCUGAUCGGCACUGGUGGCUCCGGGAAGAGGAGCCUAACACAGCUGGCUACGCACAUCGCUGGGUACAGGCUGUUUCGCCUGAGUUCCGCGCGGAACUACGCGGAGGCAGAGCUCCGAGAAGAUCUUCGCUCGCUGAUCUGCGGUGCGGCCGUCACGCCCCACACAUUUCUGUUUGCGGACUCGGACGUCGUCGACGAGGGAUUCCUCGAGAGCGUCAACAACCUCCUGACCAUCGGCACAGUUCCUGCCUUGUUUGCUGAGGAGGACAAGGAGACGCUGACGGGGAAGCUUCGUCAGAAGGCUGCCGAGAAAGGCAUUCGCGAGGACGGCCUGUGGACCUACGCCAUGUCUCAGGUGAGGGCGAACCUGCACGUAGUCUUGGCGAUGUCUCCGGCAGGCGACGCUCUCCGGACGAGGUGCCGCAGUUUCUCGGGCUUCACCGCUUGCACCACCAUCGACUACUUCAUGGCCUGGCCUCGCGAGGCUCUCAAGGAAGUUGCGCGGAGUCUCCUCAGGGACGAGACUCUUCCCGAACACUCACGCGAAGACAUCGAAGACUUCAUGGUUGACGCACACCUCAGCGUGGCCACCUGCUACGCGCCCGAGUUCGAGAGGAGAGCCGGCAGAAAAAUUUUCGUAACUCCGCAGAACUACAUCGAUUUUAUCCGCGUCUACGCCGGGAACCUCGCCGCAAAGAGAAGAGACCUCGACACUCUCGCCGACCGCCUCGAAGGGGGACUGUCCAAGAUGGCCAGCGCCACCGAGGCGGUGAAAGUGAUGAAUCAGGAGUUAGCAGAGAAGAAAGUCAUCGUCGACGAAAGACGCAGAAGCGUCGAAAACCUGAUCAACGACAUUGAAGAAAAAAGUUCGAAAGCAAGCAAGCGCCAGGAAGAAGCCACUGCCGCCGCGAAACAGAUCUCCGAGGACCAAGUCGUCAUCGCGCGAGAGAAGCAGUCCGCAGACGAGGCCUUGGCGGCGGCGAUUCCUGCGUUGGAGGCGGCUGCGCGAGCCUUGGAGACUCUGGAUAAAAAGGACAUCACCGAAAUCAAGGCUUUUGCGACUCCGCCGAAACCCGUCAUGUACGUUUGCAUGUGCGUCGUCGUCUUGAGGCCACUUGGGAAGGAAAGCGAGACAGAGGGCUGGAACGGCGCGAAGGCGAUGCUCAACGACGUCAACUUUCUCAAAUCUCUCAUCGAUUAUCCAAAAGACACAAUCACAGACAAGCAAGUGAAGAAAAUUGCGGAGUAUUUCAACAAAGAGCCAGAGAGUUUCACAUCUGAGAAGAUGGCGAAGAUUUCCAAGGCAGGGAACGGGCUGUUGACUUGGGUUAAGGCGAUGGUGGAAUACCAUCACGUGGCCAAGAGCGUGGAGCCUAAGCGAAAGUCGGUGGAGGAGUUGUCCGUCCGGAAGGCACAAGCCGAGCGCGACCUUGCGAGAACUCACCUCGAGCUGGGCCAACUGAACGAGCAGAUUGCGGCUCUUCAGCGAGACCAGAAAGAUCAAGAGGCUCAUCUGCUGGAGAUCCAGACGGAGGCAGCCUUGAUGGAGAAGCGUCUGACGGCUGCGUGUCAGCUCAUCGAAGGCCUCGAGUCCGAGCGACAGAGGUGGACUGUCGACCUGCAAACGUGCGGGAAGAAACGCGAAGAUCUCAUCGGAAACUGCUUAGUCGGUGGAGCGUUCCUCGCCUACGCUGGACCCUUCACUUUUGAAUUUCGACAGCAAAUGGUCUACGAACAGUGGACGCGAGAUGUCGAGACACGCCAUAUCCCUUGCACAGGAAACUUCAAGUUGGAAGCUUUGCUGACCAGCGACGCGGAAGUGGCGCAGUGGAAUGGCGAGGGUCUCCCGGGAGAUGAAAUGUCGAUUCAAAAUGGGAUCUUGACGAGUCGCUCUGCUCGAUGGCCUCUCUGCAUCGAUCCCCAAAUGCAGGCAGUGAACUGGAUCAAGCGUCACGAAGAAGCCAAUGGCCUCGUCAUCAAAUCGUUCUCCGACGACUACCUCAAAUUCCUCGAGUUAGCGAUUCAGUAUGGCAAACCGUUCCUGUUCGAGAACGUGGAACACGACCUCGACCCGCUCAUCGAUCCUCUUCUCGAGAAAGCGUGGACAAAGGGGAACUCGCAGGAAACGCUGCUCCUUGGAGGAAAGGAAAUCGAGUGCAGCCCCGCAUUCUCCUUGUAUUUGACAACGAAACUAGCUAAUCCGCGUUUUACUCCAGAAACCAUGGGCAAAACAGUGGUGAUCAACUACGCAGUCACCAUGUCAGGACUGGCGGAGCAGCUUCUGGGCCAUGUGGUCGGCUUCGAGCUUCCCGAACUGGAGAAAGAGCGACAAGAAAUCGUUCAGAACAUGAGUGACUGCCACCAAAUGAUGAAACACCUGGAAGACGUCAUUCUUCAUGAGCUCGCUGUCUCUAAGGGGAGCAUUCUGGACAACCAAGACUUGAUACAAACGCUGCAGACGACCAAGGCGAAGGCGACAGAAAUCACCAUCACGUUGGAGGAGGCCAAGAAGACGGCAGCGCAGAUUGAGAAGUCUCGCCAAGAAUACUACAGCGUUGCCAAGAGAGGGUCGAUAAUGUAUUUCGCGAUGAGCAGCCUCAGGAAUAUCUCUAGCAUGCUCGAAUAUUCCCUUGCCUCAUACCUCGCGAUUUUCCAAGCUGCGCUACGCGAGGCCCGCCCGGACCGGAUCCUCGAAAACCGCUUGAAAAACGUGAUCGAGAAAAUCACUCAACUUUCCUAUGAUUACGUCUGCCUAGGUCUUUUUGAAAAGGAAAAAUUGAUGUACACGUUCCAUAUGACGACGAUGAUCAUGGACGGCGAAGGCUCGCUCGAUCGAGAAGAACUGGAAUUCUUUUUCAUGGGGAAUCCUGCGCUUGAUCAGCUCCGCGAAAAGCCUGCCCGCCUCGCCUGGCUUCCCGACAGCGGCUGGAAAGAUCUGCAGCGGCUCGAGGAGUUAAACGCCUCUUUUCGGGGGAUUCUGGAGAGCAUCUUAACUGCCGCCGAGGCGUGGAAAACAUGGUACGACUUGGAGAACCUCGAGUCGAUGCCGCUUCCCGAAGAAAAGUGGAAUAACAAACUGUCGCCUUUCCAGAAGCUGCUCCUCAUUCGCGUAUUCCGCGUAGACCGUGUGCCAACGGCUCUCAAAAACUUCAUUGCCCGGAGACUGAACGAGCACUACGUCCAGUCACCAAGCCUACAAUACUCGAAAAUACUCGCGCAGUCCUCGGCGCACUGUCCGAUUUUACUGAUUCUUUCCCCGGGGGCGGAUCCUCAGAGCGACAUCUACAAGUUGGCGGCAGCGCGAGGCUUCGUCGGAAACAAUUUUCGGUUUCUCGCUCUCGGCCAAGGCAUGGCGCCUCUUGCGCAGAAACACAUCGAAAAAGGGUGCCAACGAGGCUGCUGGGUUCUCCUGCAAAACUGUCACUUGCUUGCAUCGUGGCUCAAGUCUCUCGCCAAGCUCCUCGAAGGCAUUCAGAAGCCUCACAAGGAUUUCCGCCUCUGGCUGACAACGCAGCCCAUCGACGAUUUCCCCAUGAGCAUCCUGCAGAACUCUCUGAAAGUCGUGACGGAGCCCCCAGACGGACUGAGGCCAAACCUGCAAGGGUCGUACGCCAACUUGACUGACGACGCGCUCCAGGAGAGUUCCCAUCCUGCCUAUCCCUCUCUCGUCUACGUUCUCUCUUUCUUCCACGCCGUCGUACAGGAGCGUCGUAAAUACGGGAAAAUCGGGUGGAAUGUGGCGUACGACUUCAACGAAGCAGACUUGGUAAUUUCUCGUCGCCUCGUCGCGAUGUAUUUAGACAAGUCGCUGGCUAGCGGAGAUACUCUGCCUUGGAGCACUCUGCGCUAUCUCAUUGGAGAGGCGAUGUACGGAGGCCGUGUCACAGAUGACUGUGACAGACGCGUCCUCGUUACUUACUUGGAAGAAUACAUGGGCGACUUCAUCUUUGAUUCUUACCAGCCGUUCUCCUUCUGCCAAGCCGGCUUCGACUAUGCCAUCCCCGUCCCCGGACCUCUCGCCACCUACCGGGACUACAUCAAGGAGCUACCUCUGUUCAACACACCGGAGGUUUUUGGACUCCACGAAAACGCGCAGAUUGGCUACUUUGUGGAUUCCGCCAAGAAGCUGUGGGAAGGCAUUCUGAAAAUGAACUUUUCUGGAAGCCUCAGUUCCUCUGGAGGCGCCUCGAUGCGUGAAGAACACAUCGCUGCCAUUGCGACAGGAAUUGAAGAGAAACUCGGCUUCGACGACUUAGCUUUUGGAAAGCCUGAGGGCGACUACACGCCCACAGAGGUUGUUCUCAUGCAGGAAGUCGAGAGAUUCAACAGUCUGGCCGAACGCAUGCGCACGACCCUGAACGACCUCCGGCGCGCUCUUCGCGGGGAAAUCGGCUUAUCUGCGGAGCUCGAGGACUUAGCCAACUUCCUCGUCACAGGGUUCCUGCCGCGCGACUGGGCGCGGUUGGCCCCGCCGAGCCUGAAGCCUCUGGGGUCUUGGCUAGCGCACUUCCUCCGGCGCUACGACCAAUACAAAGCUUGGAUUGACAAGGGCGAGCCUUGGUGCUUCUGGCUCAGCGGCCUCCACAUCCCAGAUUCUCUUCUCACUGCUCUGAUUCAAGCGACGUGCCGCAAGCGAGGCUGGUCGCUCGACAAGUCUUCGCUUCUCACGCAAGUCACAAAGUUUACUUCUCCCGGCCAAAUCCCAAAGAAACUGGAACACGGGACCUACUUGAGAGGCCUCUAUCUGGAGGGCGCGAGGUGGGACAUUGAAGAAGGUCGUCUGGCGCGGCAAAAUCCGAAAGAACUCACCAUGGAAAUGCCGCUGAUUCAACUCAUUCCUGCAGAGAGCCACAAAGUGAAACUGCGAGACACACUGCAAACACCUGUCUACGCGACACAGAACAGAAGAAACGCCAUGGGCGAAGGAUGGAUCUUUGACGUCAUGCUCCACACCAAAGAACACCCUUCUCUCUGGAUUCUCUCAGGCGUUGCCCUCGUGCUACAAACAGACGAAUAA